AUGCUUUGCUGCCAUAUCUUGAAAGUUUUCAACCAACUUGGUGUUGAUGAAAUCCCAGCGCAGUACAUACUUAGAAGAUGGACACCUUUGGCAGUUCCCAAUGCACCCCCUGCUGUCGAAGAGCAACCUGAUGAGAUGCCACCACAGUCGAAGAAGGAACUCAGGCAUGCAAAUUUGAUGAUGGAUUUUGGUAGUCUUGCUCGGGUUGCUAGUGUGUCAGAUGCUGCGACAGAUAUUGUAAAGAAACAUAUGCGUGGUGCGCGUCAUGAAAUCAAAAAUCUCAACAUGUCAAAGAAGAAGAAACCGGCAGCACAAACAAGUGGGCCCUCUGGUGGUCCUCCACCAUCAGCUGAUGGUUCUGCGCCACCACCGAGUAACUCUCAGGCAACUAGUGGCCCUGCGGUGCGUCCUGAAGAGCCUGCACAAGCCCCUUCUAGACCUAGACAACAGCGACCUACUUCUGCACAACCACCGAGUAACACUCAGGCAACUAAUGGCCCUGCGGUGCGUCCUGACGAACCUGCACAAACCCCUUCUGGACCUAGGCAGCAGUGA